CCUGGAGGGCACAGAACAUGAGCGCACUGGCUCCACGGGUCAAGCAGGAGGCGCUCUAGGUCUGUCUCCACCUCCUCGCUGGCCCUCAGUCUCCUCCUCCCGGCAUUGGGUUCGCAGUCCCCGCACUUGAGAAAACAGAUCUUGGUGGAAACCUAGGAGCUCGCUGCUCCCGGAGCCUCCCCCAGGCUUUGAGGACCUCCCGGUCUCUUCUCCCUCACGCUGCCACCCUCAGGCCGACUUGGAGGAAGUGAUCUGCGGCCCGGGGCGGGGAGUCCGGUGCCGGGUGUGCGAGGGCGCUAGCGCCAACUGUCCCGACCGGCUGCGGAGAUCCCUGGCGCGGUUCAGGGCGACUCGCCCGGGUGGAGCCCGGAUCGGAGGGCUGGGGGCGCGGCGGCCACUCCGAGAGGUCGGGCGGCGAGCGUGACCUCACUGGGAGGGGCCAGCGCGCAGCCGGGGCUCGGAAGCCAGCGCUGAGAGCGCGGCGCAGAGCCGAUCGCAGCAGCGCCGAGAGCGCACGCCGUGGCCGGGAUGGAGCGCUACAAAGCCCUGGAGCAGCUGCUGACAGAGCUGGAUGACUUCCUCAAGGUUCUAGACCAGGAGAAGCUCAGCAGUGCAGCCGUGGUGAGGAAGAGUGGUUUGGCCGAGCUCCUGCGGCUCUACACCAAGAGCAGCAGUUCUGAUGAGGAAUAUAUUUACAUGAACAAAGUGUCAGUGAACAGGGAACAGAACUCGGCAUCUCCACAUGAAGCGCCCGAGCAGCAGGGUCCACUGACCAAUGGGGAGCCCAGCCAGCACUCGUCAGCCCCACAGAAGAGCCUUCCAGAUCUUCCUCCACCCAAGAUGAUUCCAGAGCGGAAGCAGCUCACCCUUCCAAAGAUUGAGUGUCCCGAGGGCUACUACGAAGAGGCUGAGCCUUAUGACACGUCCAUCAAUGGCCACUAUGGAGCACAUCUCCCCACUGGAGUCACCAGAUUGGCACAGUUGCCUGAAGGAGUCAUUUAUGCCACAAUCACCUUGGAGGACGGUGAGGCCGUGAGCAGCUCCUACGAGUCCUAUGAUGAAGAGGAGAACAGCAAAGGCAAGGCAGCCCCCUACCAGUGGCCCUCGCCCGAGGCCAGCAUUGAGCUGAUGCGUGACGCCCGCAUCUGUGCCUUCCUGUGGCGCAAGAAGUGGCUGGGCCAGUGGGCCAAGCAGCUCUGUGUGAUCAGGGACACCAGGCUGUUGUGCUACAAAUCGUCCAAGGAUCACAGCCCUCAGCUGGACGUGAACUUGCUGGGCAGCAGCGUUGUGCGCAAGGAGAAGCAGGUGCGGAAGAAAGAGCACAAGCUGAAGAUCAUGCCGAUGAAUGCCGACGUGAUUGUGCUGGGCCUGCAGAGCAGGGACCAGGCUGAGCAGUGGCUUCGGGUCAUCCAGGAGGUGAGUGGCCUGCCUUACGAAGGAGCUGCAGAGGGGAACCAGUACACGCCAGAUGCCCAGCGCCUGAACUGUCAGAAACCAGAUAUAGCUGAGAAAUACCUGUCAGCUUCAGAGUACGGGAGCUCCACUGAAAGCCACCCUGAGGUCCCAGAGACCAAAGACGUCAAGAAGAAAUGUUCGGCCGGCCUCAAACUCAGCAACCUGAUGAACCUGGGCAGGAAGAAGUCUACCUCGCUGGAGCCCCCAGAACGAUCCCUCGAGACAUCUAGCUACCUGAACGUGCUGGUGAACACCCAGUGGAAGUCACGUUGGUGCUUUGUCAAAGACAGCCACCUACACUUCUACCAGGACCGGAACCGGAGCAAGGCAGCCCAGCAGCCCCUCAGCUUGGUGGGCUGUGAAGUAGUUCCAGACCCCAGUCCCGACCACCUGUACUCCUUCCGCAUCCUUCACAACGGCGAGGAGCUGGCCAAGCUUGAGGCCAAGUCCUCGGAGGAGAUGGGCCACUGGCUAGGCCUCCUGCUCUCAGAGUCAGGCUCCAAGACAGACCCGGAAGAGUUCACCUAUGACUACGUGGAUGCUGAAAGGGUUUCCUGUAUUGUGAGUGCGGCCAAAACCUCUCUCCUGCUGAUGCAGAGGAAGUUCUCAGAGCCCAACACAUACAUCGAUGGCUUGCCCAGCCGGGACUGCCCGGAAGAGCUGUACGAUGAUGUGGAGAUGUCCGAGCUGACAACGGUGGCAGAGCCCACCGAGGAAGCCGCCCCCGCUGCUGCUCUAGAUGCUAACAGUGAAGGCGAACUUGACCGAGUGUACCUGGACCUCACACCUGUCAAGUCCUUCCUGCAGAGCCCCGAUGGGGUACAGGCCUCUCUCCCAGCACUGCCACAGCCGGAUGACCUAGCUGAGACCCUCACAGUAGACCCAGACCCAGGCCUUGCCCCAGACGAGCCCCUCACGGAGCCUCCAGGAAGCCUGGAGGAGCAGCAGAGACAGGCGGGGAGUCAGGAGUCCGCGGAGCCCGGCUUGAGAAUCACCACGGUUAAAGUGCAGGCUGAGCAGCAGAGGAUAUCCUUCCCAGCCAACUGCAGGGACACCGUGGCUUCUGCCCCCAGUGCCAGCCCCCCUGUGAAGGACAAGCUGAGGGUGGCCAGUGCAGAGAUCAAACUCGGGAAGAACCGGACGGAGGCUGAGGUGAAGCGGUACACGGAGGAGAAGGAGAGGCUGGAGAGGAGGAAGGAGGAGAUCCGGGGCCACCUGGCUCAGCUCCGCAGGGAGAAGCGGGAACUCAAAGAGACCCUGCUAAAAUGCACAGAUAAGGGAGCCCUGGCCGACCUGGAGCAGAAGCUGAAGAGGGUGGACGAGGAGUGCAGGAUGGAGGAGGGCAGGCGCGUGGACCUUGAGCUCAGUAUCAUGGAGGUGAAGGACAGUCUGAAGAAGGCUGAGGCCGGCCCGGUGACGCUGGGCACCACUGUGGACACCACCCACCUGGACAGCGUGAGCCCCCGCCCACACCCCAAAGCUGCCAACCCCACCCCAGACUCUACCCCAGUCAACUCGGCUUCUGUGCUCAAGAGCAGGCCCCUCUCCGUCAUGGUCACAGGCAAAGGCACUGUCCUGCAGAAAGCCAAGGAAUGGGAGAAGAAAGGAGCCAGUUAGGAAACAAGAACCCCCUAAAGACUCUAAUGUCCAUGUGGACCUUGGUGACAAUCCUGCUUCAGUCAGAUCUUCGAUAUAUACAGCAGCUCUGAGGAAGGGUGAGUCUGUGCGGAAGAGAAGGCGAGGAAUGAGAUGCCGAACGGAGCGCCGGUUAGGGAAGGCCCUGUCCCCUUUUCAAGACAGAGGGAACGCGGCAGUGGCUUCUUUGGAGACCUGCGUCUGUUGGCCGUCAACGAGACAUUGUACUUUUUUCCUUUUUUUAUGACUUCAUCCGUCAAUCUAUUGCUUUAUCAAGGUUUUUAAGUAGUGGAAAAAAAAUGACCAUGUGGUUUUGGCGACAAGAAAACCUAAACUUCCGACCCGUGUCUUUUAUCCUGUGUGUGGCAAGAUUAAGGGUUAAAUCACUCUUGACUCCAUACCAGUGGGCCCAGCGUGGUGGUCUUUGAUGAUCUUAAUGGCAUUAGCCACCAAUGGCGUGAACUCAGCAGCAGGGACACAUUUGGAACCAAGCUAAGGCUCUGACCCCACUAAGGAUUUCCCCCUAUUCCACAGCAGUCCUGACUCAACCACCUUUAAAAGACAAACUUUUUUCUUUUGGUUUUUUCGAGGCAGGGUUUCUCUGUCGCUUUGGAGGCUGUCCUGGAACCAGCUCUUGUAGACCAGGCUGGUCUUGAACUCGGAGAUCCGCCUGCCUCUGCCUGAGGUGUGAGCUACCAACACCCAGCAAAAGACAAACUCUUAAACAAUGCUGUCUUGUAUGGGGGAAACUCCCUGUGUUUACAGACUCCGUCCUGUGGCCAGGCCACCUUUAAGAAAAGAGUUAGUCACCUCUUCAUUCCCAUAUUAAAGAUGUUCUUAAUUUCUGGUCCCCUUGCAGGAAAAACAGGUGUGAGUCAGAGUAGCCUUUCUCGUCUGUUCGGAUCGGCAGCCAGUGCUAUCCUUUUGUGGUCUGUCUCUUAUCUGUGAUGGCAUUAACACAGGUUGAAACAUUUCAUCUAUCACCCACCCCAUUCCUGGGCUUUCAGAAUCGGUUAUAGAACACUGGUUCCUGAAGGCUAAAUAUUUUUAUGCAUACUGUCUUUCUAAUCCCAGGGCAUUUAUUUCCUGUGUCAUAAAUGCUUGGUGGUCUUUACCAAGUGGUGAGUUAGGAUUUUUUAAAAUAAAAUAUUCAUUGUA